UCAGCAAGUCAGAAGCCCUAGGAGAGUGUCGUAGCUGUUCUGUAUUGGCCAAAUUCUCGUGAGAUAGCAGCCGGGGGAACUACACCCUAUAUUCUGGGGGCAUCAACAUAUUUGCGGGGCACCUCAGGCACCAGUGCUUGGCAAGGCCAUCCAUUCAGGCAGAUGCACGUUAGCGUGUCGUACAUGUGGACCGCACUUAUCAAUCCGGUUGAUACUUAUUCAGUCAGUCCCAGCUUCCGGGCGAGUUCAAUAAAUACAUCAAGCACUUUCAUCACCAUGGGUUCACGUAAACUUAAAAGAAAAGCUACGGACGAGACAGUCAACACAACAAGCAAGCGCCCAAAAGCCUCCAGCGGAACGCUCCCAACACCACCACCCAUGCUCUUCCGCCUCCCAGCUGAACUCCGCAACCAAAUCUGGGAACUCGCAUACGGCACGCAAAUCAUCCACGUCGCGCUCGCCUCGCUCAACAAAACCGCCGCCACCAGCCACCCAGACCUCUCCUACACCGCCCGCCUCAGCGAAACCUUACCGUACCACGAAACGCCCCUGCGCCUCCCCCCAACCGUCAGCAAACAGUUCCACGCCGAAACCACAGCCGCCUUCUACGCCACAAGCACCUUCUUCUUCACCGAGCCCCACGCAUUCCGCGCCUUCGCCCUCGCGCCCCACGCCUGCGUCCCGCGCGUCGCGCGCCUGCGCAUCCAGCGGCUGACGCACCACUGGGACGACGCGCUGGUGUGCUCGCUGCUGGGGCGACUGCGCGGGCUGCGCGGCGUGUGGCUGACGCAGCACGUCAACGGGCGGUGGGUGCCGCGUGGGCACGCGGCGAAGGGGCUGUGGCGCGUGGUGCGCGCGUUUGCGCAGUUCGAGCUGGAGGCUGCGGCGACGCGGUUCGAGCUCGUUUUGUGCGAUGUCGUGGAGGGCCCGGAUCCGAUGGGGGCCAUGUGGACGAGGAGAGUGCACAUGCGGCCUGGGAUGCUGGGGUAUGCGGAGUGGGUGGGGUUGCAGCGGGAGUUGACGCAGGGGCUGUUGGAGUAUACGCCGCGGCGGUUGUCGAGGCGGUUGGCUGGGGGCGGGUGAGGUGUGUGGUGUGCUGGUACAAGAUUUUGCUAGUCGUAUCGGUGAUUGUGGAUGUGUAUGGCUCAUCGCAAGACUGGUAUAGGCGGGCAUAUACUGGUAGCGUACUAAUAUAUAUACAGUGGACAGCACUGCAAUUGGCUCUUAUCUGUCGGCACGCCCUGCGACCUGUCAACCAAUGUUAGCCAGCUACUCACGAGUACAUAUGCAGCCGUUCCACGGACAGCCCGUAGAAGGGUCCAGGCAUGGGGGUCCACAUAUCCUGACGACGAGUAUCGAUAAACACCCUUUUUAUACGCUUUUCUACCGAAUACUCUUUUAUUAGAACAUCCUAUGCACAAUAUCAACUAUGUAGGCAGAGGGACUGCUAUCGAUUGUCAAGGUUUUU